AUGUCGGCGCUGCGCUGGGGCCGCGGCGCGGCCGGGCUCGGGUGGGCUCUGCGGCCCGCGGGCCGCCCCGGGCUCCCAGCGGAGGAAGGGGCCCUCCGCGGUUUCUGUGGCCGAAGAAAUAACUCCUCCGCCCACCCUUGUGAGCAAGACCCCAGGAAGGACUGGGGCCAUGCAGAGCUCCUGGAGGUGCUCGAGGCCCGGGUGCGGCAGCUGCAGGCUGAGUGUGUGUCGGAGAUGACUGUGAAGAGGGUGGAUGUGGCGGGACUCCAGGAGGGUGGCAUCCUCCAGCCCUCCAGGAAGACCCAGAUGGGAGCCAGGGAUGCUGCCCAGGGACUCAGUGGCCGCUGGGCGCAGAAGCUGGAGAGAGAGAAGCAGAAACAGUUAAAGAACAAGUUUAAGGAUCAGGCCUUGAUGCUGAUUCCCGGGCUGCGCCUGCAGAUGAAGCCCCGGCUGCAGGACAAGAGGCUGUCCAACUGCUUGCAACGCUGGGUGAGCGAGACCCCCAGCAGCCCCUGGGAGGAGCAGCUGACACAGCUGCUGCAGGAUGCACCACGGAAACUAAGCCAGGAGGCAGAGGAGGACCCAGCGGACAUGGCUGUCCUGGCACGGCUGGAGUCACAGCAGCACAGGCUCCAGUCCUUCUUCGAGUGCUGCCUGCUCUCUGACCACCUGCCCCUCGCCCACCACGUGCUGGCUGCGCAGCACAGCAAGGUCCGGCAUCCACGGCUGCUGACGCUGGCCAUGUAUAACACUGUCAUGCUGGGCUGGGCACGCAAGGGCUCCUUCAAGGAGCUGGUCUUCGUGUUCUACAUGAUGAAAGACGCCGGCCUCACCCCGGACCUGCUGUCCUAUGCGGCCGCGCUGCAGUGCAUGGGGCGGCUGGACAAGGAUGCCCGCACUAUCAAAAGGUGUCUGACGCAGAUGGCCCAGGAUGGACUGCAGUUGGGGGAGCUCUUCACCAUGCCGCUGUGCCCUGACGAGAGAGCAGCCCUCCUCAAGGCUGUGCUCAAAGUCCAGCCCUCCUUCCAGCCCCCGCCUCUGACCCCACCCCCGCCCCAGGUCAACAGUUCCCCACUGCUUUCGGAAGUCUAUGCCCAGGACCUUUCCGCAUCGUACCCCAAGCUGCACCUGCCCCUGAAGACGCUGCAGGACCUCUUCCAGGAGCAGCUGUGUGUCGAGCUGGCCACUGUCGUCCAUGUGCAGUCCGUGGACAAGGCCCCGGAGGAGACCAGGGAGGUCCUGCGUGCGCGGAAGAUCCUGGGAGAGCUGCGUGCACAGUGGGAGGGGACGCUGGCCCAGGCACUGCAGGCGGCCAAGGUCAAAGAGGCCCGUGCCGCCCACGAAGGUUUCCCCUCAGUCUUCCCUUACCUGUGCCUGCUCAGUGAGCAGGACAUGGUGCAGCUGUUGCUGCAGACCCUGCGGAACCUGUCCCCUCAUGGAGAGUCCUUGCUGUCGGUGGCACAAGAGCUGGGUAUGCGGGUCUUCAACCGCUAUACGGUGCAGAGGAAGCAGCUCAACAAUCAGGUCAAAGUGCUGGAGCAGCGCUACUACAAGUACUUGCACCUGCUGGCGUCUGACACCCAGGUGGCGACACCCCGCCUGCCACGGCAGUACUGGGAGGAGCUGGGCUUGCCCGACGCCCCCCAUGAGCAGCCCUGGCCCCUGCCUGUGCUGGUGCAGCUGGGCAAGCAACUGGCGGAGGUGCUGGUGAAGGCCAUACAGAUGCCCAAACACCUGGCCACGCCGAAGGGCGACCAGAGGAACAUCCCGGUGCUCUACCACGCCUAUUCGUUCCGCAGCUACCGCCAGAUUGGGAUCCUGAAGCCGCACCCGGCCUUCAUGCAGCUGGUGGAGGAUGCUGCCGAGCGCGAGCUGACCUUUGAGGCCAGUGAGAUGCCCAUGCUAUGCCCGCCACUGCCCUGGAUGUCGCCACAUUCGGGCGCCUUCCUGCUGAGCCCCACCAAGCUCAUGCGCUCGAUGGAGGGCACCACCCAGCACCAGCGCCUGCUGGAUAGCUGCCCCCCCGCCGACCUGCACGGCGCCCUGGACACCCUCACCCAGCUGGGCAACUGUGCCUGGCAGGUCAAUGGAACAGUGCUGGACCUGGUGCUGCAGCUCUUUACCGACAAGGGUUGCCCUCGCCUGGGGGUGCCGGCCCCUACCUCCGAGGCGCCCCAGCCGCCCUCCACCCGCCUGCCGCCUGACACCCCACCGGCCCGCAAGGCCGAGGUGCGCCGGGAGCUGGCCCGCUGCCUGAAGGUGACCCGGGAGAUGCACAGCCUGUGGGCGGACGCACGGUACCGCCUCUCGCUGGCCCAGCACCUGCGGAACCACAUCUUCUGGCUGCCCCACAACAUGGACUUCAGGGGCCGCACCUACCCCUGCCCACCGCACUUCAACCACCUGGGCAGUGACCUGGCACGCGCCCUGCUAGAAUUUGCUGAGGGCCGCCCGCUCGGCCCCCACGGCCUUGACUGGCUCAAGAUCCACCUGGUGAACCUCACCGGGCUCAAGAAGCACGAGUCGCUGCAGGGGCGCCUGGCCUUCGCCAACGAGAAGAUGGAAGACGUCCUGGACUCUGCCGACCAGCCCAUGACGGGCCGGAAGUGGUGGAUGGAGGCGGAUGAGCCCUGGCAAGCCCUGGCCUGCUGCAUGGAGAUUGCACGGGCCGUGCGUGCCCCUGACCCCGCUGCCUACGUCUCCCACUUCCCUAUUCACCAGGAUGGCUCCUGUAAUGGCCUGCAGCACUAUGCCGCCCUGGGCCGAGACAGUAUGGGGGCUGCAGCCGUCAACCUGAUGCCCUCAGACCUGCCGCAGGACGUAUACAGUGGGGUGGCUGAUCAGGUGGAGGUGUUCCGCAGACAAGACGCCGAGCAGGGCGUGCAGGUGGCCCAGACGCUGGAGGGCUUCAUCAGCCGGAAGGUCGUCAAGCAGACGGUGAUGACCGUGGUGUAUGGAGUCACCCGCUACGGGGGCCGCCUGCAGAUCGAGAAGCGCCUGCGGGAGCUGGACAGCUUCCCCCAGGAGUGCGUGUGGGAGGCCUCGCACUACCUCGUGCGCCAGGUGUUCAACAGCCUCCAAGAGAUGUUCUCGGGCUCGCGGGCCAUCCAGCACUGGCUCACCGAGGCUGCCCGGCUCAUCGCGCAGUCGGGCUCGGCAGUGGAGUGGGUCACCCCGCUGGGCAUCCCCGUCGUCCAGCCCUACCACCUCGACUGCAAGGUCUUGGUCAACGGCGGGAUGCAGACGCUCACCCUCAGCAGCAGCGGGGACACCAGCCAAAGGCCCAACACGCUGAAGCAGAAGAACGGCUUCCCGCCCAACUUCAUCCACUCGCUGGACUCCUCGCACAUGAUGCUCACCGCCCUGCACUGCUACAGGAAAGGCCUGACCUUCGUCUCUGUGCACGACUGCUUCUGGACCCACGCUGCCGACGUGCCCGUCAUGAACCAGGUGUGCCGGGAGCAGUUCUUCCGCCUGCACAGCCACCCCAUCCUGCAGGACCUGUCCGCCUUCCUGCUGAAGCGCUUCUGCUCCUGCUCCAGCUCCUCCAAGGACGGCCAGCGGCUCAGGCUGCAGAAUACGCUGCUGUCGGUGCCCGAGAGAGGGUCCCUGGACCUGGAGCAGGUGAAGCACUCCACCUACUUCUUCAGCUGAAGAUCCGCCCGCGCUUCUGUCCCCGGGGGCGCUCGCCUGCCCUGCCCUGCCCUGUACCAUAGUGUAAAUAAAGCCGUUGCCACCCGUGGGAGCCUCUGCCUUCUAGGGAGUCCUGCCCGCCCCGCUGUGCGCAGGGCGCCUGACCUCCUGGGACUGUGCCA